AUUGAUUUCAGCCUUUUCGAAUUCUUCCUCCGUCAACCACACCGCUUCGGUGUGUGUUUAGCAUAAUGAAUACCAUCUAUACAAUCUGCAUAGUCAUAGCCUCAUGCUUACUGUUAUCAGCACAAGCUGCCAAUCCUGUUUUCUUUUGUCAAUGCUACUGUGGAGCCAACAGCACAGUGUUCCCAUUACCAACAGAAGAUCCUAAACCCUGCUUGCUAUGCACUAAACAAAUGUGUAUAGACAGUGUCACAGAUGGAACCUGUGAUGGCAUCAAAGAUUCAACAUGUCCUAGUGUCGAUUUCAAGGGCCUGUGCUUUGCGAGAGACUCAUACAAGGAUGAAGCGAUUGUUUGGUCGUUCCUUGUUCUCACCUUUAGUUUGGUUGCUGUAGCCGCCGUCAAACCACGAGUCGAAGAGUGGUGGAAGAAACGCAAUAAUUAUGCCUCUUUUUCCACGACUUCUUAUUGACCGAACGCGCGCCCUUGUACCAUAGUCCAUCCGCUUAGUCCAGACAAGCAAAUAGCCGCCAAAUACAUUGUUUGUCUUGUAUCUUUCAAAUUCGCUUCACUACUGCUGUG